AUGCUCACCCUGUUGACAACUCUGUGCCAUGGCGCUGGUCAGAAACCGAAGGACCACUCCUCCGCAGAAGUGGUAGUGCCCGUGCCAAUGUCAGACCCGGUGCCUGCGACGGGUCUGCACGCGAUAGAGACGAGUCCAGAACAAGGGGUCGCUGUACGCUUCACUGUCCGUACUGAUGUGACUGUAGGCCGCCGGUUGCCAGAGAAGGCACAGGAUUCGGGCGACACAGGUGACUGCGGCGACUCAGGCUUUGGGGCACCUUCUGGGAGCCUCCGUUCCGAGUGGAUGAAGGUCCUGCGAAAAGAAGAGGAUGGGAAUGAUGGGAAGGCGCGCUUGGACAAAAGACCACACAAGUCCAGGGAGCUUAGGGAAGGAGGGAAGGAAGGCAGCAGCGGCCUCCCCACGUGCGGCAUUGAGGCGUGCGGACCAGUCCACUUCUUCAGUUAUGGGCCCGAGGGAGUUGCAGCACCACACAGGUUGAAUGUUGUGCAGAGUGACUUUACACAGCACAACAUGCUUGCAGCUGCUGUGCGGAUGGCGUUCUAUGAACAUUAUCCCUUACGCCUGAGCCCAGAUGUGAUCUGGCUCACCAUUGUGCAAGGCUUAGCGGCGCAUGUUAGACAGGACCCGGAGACGCACAGGAAAUCUUUCGAGAUUCAGUUCGAGGGAAAGCAGCAACUUGCGGUGUUACGUCCAGACUUCGUGAAGGGCUCGGCCAGGAACGACUGGACCACGGUGUUCCCCGAGUUCACGGAGCAGAUCGGCAGUUUCAUCGGCGAGAAGUUCUUAGCAACCAUGAGGAGCGAUUUUUCCACCACCGACUCAGUCACGAAGAUUUGCUCUGAGAUCGCCAUCAUGGAUUCGGUCCAGAGCUACUUUGAGUACGUCAUGUGUUGUGGGUGCGGGAUUCCUUGGAUUGAGUUGGCAGGCACUGAGGAGGAUUGGCUCUCAGUUCGUGGCAAGGCCGAGGUUUUGCUAAAGCGAUUUGCGGGGCUCGAGGCGUGGCUCGAUGAGCUCUUGCCACUGCUCGACCAAUUCUGCAGUGCUACCAAAGGGCAGCCGGACCUGGUGUUCUGGAACAGCGUUUGCAACAUGUAUGGCGCAAGCGGCUCGUGGAAUGGCUUCGCAACGGGUUGGCUGCAGAUACUGUUCCCGUAUCUCGAAGGCGGCCGCCCAAAUCGGAGCAUCGGCGCGUGGCGCACAAAUUACGAACAGGGCUUAGCUGCUAAAGGGCACGGUCUAGAUGACAUGGGCAAGUUGAAUGCGAAUACUGACGAAGCCAAGAGCUGGAGGGGUGGUUUCAGGGGCCCGAGUCCAACAGCGGGCUGCGCAGUGAAAUGGACGCACUUCCCCACCAGUCUCUCGCAGGCCCCAGUGCUUUACAAAGACUUCCAAACGAAGAAGAACUUCAGGAUGAGCUUCAACAGCGGUAUCGUGGCUGUGGUGCAGCAUCCCACCUUGGCCUUGGAGCCAGUCUGCAGCUGGGCGGUGCUUGAUCAUGGUCAAGUGGCGGCUUAA